GUAGUACAAAACAGGAUGUAGCAACCGAAUUAUAUUUUAACAUGCCAGUCUAGUUUUUUCUUAGUUAACAUUUGUGAUUUUCAGGCGGAAAACCACCGUUUUGAACAAGGGGGAGAAAUUUGGUCCGACGAAGGCGGAUUCGGAGAAGGAGAGCAGCUCAUCGACCGAAGUCACAAACAGAACUAUACGGUUUGGACCAGCGAAACUGUACGGGUUUCGUCAAAAGCAACGAGUGCUGCACGAUAUCAGGGAGGGUGAUGACGAGCGAGAGUCGCUGUCAGUCAAGUCGAAGGACACCGCUGAUUGCGUGUUUUAUGCGGAUCAGAACUGCGUGAGUUCUUCUCGUCGUGAGGGCUGCCAUUCGGAACGAGGCAUUCUGAAAAAUUCGGCUUACACCUUCGCGGAUUAUAAGCCUCGAGAGCUGUUUCAACCUCGACGUUCGGCGGACGGCUAUGAAAGCGAACCCGCAUAUCCGAUGCAACCGAACCGGGCGUUUGGACGACGGCAUAAGUUCAACGAGGUCAUGCAAGGUGGGGGUCGAGGCGACGUUUCGCUGGCCCUGUCGGACUACGUUUCGCUGACACCGAAGCUCUGCGCGCUGGAUGCGCCGUCGUCAGCCAACUACGAUUCGUUUUGUGCAGCAGAUUCGACUCGCAACUUGAACGCUACCACGGCCGCCAUCGUCAGUCCGUACAUGUAUAUGAAGAACAGACAUUACAGAGCGCAGUUUUUGUCGGCCCGGGAUGCCGGGGACCGCUGUAGCUGCGGGUCGAAGAAAACUGGCACCAGGAGCUGCGCGACCGACGAUGAGGACGAAGACCUGGUUGACGAAGUGGAUCUGCGGCGCGUCAAUGUUGACCGGCGACCGUGCGUCCCUCUGCUUGACCUCAGUCACCCGAUG